AUGGCAUCUCGCUUCCUUAAAUUCUCCGUCCUCCUUCAGAAGUACCGGACUCGGGUGGUUGUUGCGAGCUGUGGAGGAGUCUUUGCAGCAAACUUGUUCUGUCAUGUUUUCCCGGACCUGACCUACCGUCAGCUCUACCAGGCCUGGAGUAAAGGAGAAGCAGAGGAACUGACGGAAAAGCUGGAGAACCUCUUUCAGCAGGUGCUGAAGGAUUACGGGGUCAGAUCGUCCAAGAAUUUCUCAGCCUUUGCCUGCUUUGGUUUCCAUCCAUUGGGUGCUGGCAUCCCUUGGCUUCCUGCAGGGGCCAAAAUUGGCAUUCCAGCUAAUUUUAACAGCACUCCUGAUGACCCGAGUGGAAUUACCAAUCGUAACAUCUGCAUUAACGGAAAAACUGUGGACUGCAGCACUGAGGCUGGCUGUACCCUGAAGGAGACGCUGCUGUUUUCCUUCGAUGCGCAGAAGUUUGCAGUGGCUCGAGAGGUGGCUCGCUUGCAGUCAGGAGGAACUAUCAUGGGUGCUGCUGUUGCUCCGCUCUGCCUGGCUGGGGUCUGGGUGUACAGCGUGGUGCUGAAACAGGUGUUUGGGCUGCACGGCAGCCCCUUGCUGUUUCGUGGGGUUGCGAACGUAGUGGCUCUGGGAAUUGGCGCAGUUUCUUACAUCCUCACCUCGGACGCUGUGAGCCAGUGGCUCGACUACCACUACGACAGACGUGCAGCUGGAGUGUCUCGCGAAUACGCUAAAGGUGGAGUUGAGUUUUAUGAUAAAAUCCUGUCCAGAAACAAGACUCUGCGCUCACUGAUGGGGCAGAAGGGAAAGGAGAUGUUUGCACCCAGUGGGAACUUGUUUCCCUCUAAUGUCCUUCAGCUGAAACAUACACCAUACACGUCCAGGACGGAAGGCAUCCUCGCACUGCUGAAAAAUGAGAAAACAUGAAAAAAUAGAAAUGUGUAAUUGUACAGAUUAAAGUACUGUAAAUUUUGUGUGAAAAUCGGUCAAAACAAUAUAAAAAAUAAA